CCGGCUGCGGUGGGGCGGGGCCGGGAUCUGCCCGGGGCACGGGACGGGACGGGGAGACCGGUGCCCGGCAGACCGGGGCAGCCGCCAUGAGGCCCGUCAUGCUCCUCCUGCUGUUCCCGCUGGCCGCGGCUCUGUCCGGUAAGGGCGGGCAGCGUGCCCCGCUCCCCGGCCGGCCGAGAGGCCCCGAGCUGUACCCGGCUGCAGCUGCGCGCGUCCGCCGCGCUGAGCCCCGCCGGCUCUCGGCAGGGCCAGGGCGCUUCUGGCACGUCACCGACCUGCACUGGGACCCCGAGUACGACGCGGCGGCGAGCGGCGGGCAGGUGUGUCCGUCGGGCGGCUCCCGGGCCGUGCCCGCCGCCGGGCCCUGGGGCAGUUACCUGUGCGACGCGCCCUGGCGCCUGCUCGUUUCGGCCGCCCGCGCCAUGAAGAGCCGCCUGCAGCGGCCAGACUUCGUCCUCUGGACCGGAGAUGACACUCCUCACGUCCCUGAUGAGAAGCUUGGAGAAGAAAAGGUUCUGCAUAUAAUAGAAAACCUGACUUCUCUGAUAAAAGAGACGUUUCCAGGUACUAAAGUCUAUGCGGCCAUGGGUAAUCAUGACUUCCACCCCAAGAACCAGUUUCCAGGGAGGGAGCACAGGAUCUACAACCGAACAGCUGAACUCUGGCGUGCCUGGCUGGAUGAUGCUUCCAUUCCUCUUUUUAGAGUGGGAGCUUUCUACAGCGAGAAGCUGCCCAGCCCGAGUACGAGGGGGCGCAUGGUUGUCCUCAAUACCAAUCUGUACUACGACCAGAACGACGAGACUGCUGGUGAGGAAGAUCCUGCUGGGCAGUUCCAGUGGCUGGAGGAAACCCUGAGCAAUGCUGCUAGAGCAGACGAAAUGGUCUACAUCAUGGGGCACGUCCCUCCUGGCUUCUUCGAGAAGAAACGAGGCAAGCCCUGGUUCCGGAGCGGCUUCAAUGAACAAUACUUGAGAAUUGUACAGAAGCACCACAGGGUGAUCGCCGCCCAGUUUUUUGGGCACCAUCACACCGACAGCUUUCGGAUGUUUUACAGUGAUACAGGUUCUCCAACAAGUGUCAUGUUUCUGGCCCCUGGAGUGACUCCCUGGAAAACAACAUUGCCUGGAGUUACCAAUGGAGCCAACAACCCCGGGAUUCGAGUGAUCGAAUAUGAUCCAGACACCCUUCAAGUGCUGGACAUGGUGACUUACUACCUGAACUUAACUCGUGCCAACACAAUGGCCUCGGUGCAGGAGGAAGAGUUCCCGGCGUGGGAGGAGGAGUACAGGCUGACAGAAGCUUUCCGAGUCCCCGACGGCUCUGCAAGCUCCAUGCAGGCUGUGCUGGAGAGGAUAUCGAUGGAUCCAUGCUAUCUGCAGCAAUACCACGAGCUUAACUCUGUCAGAUACGACCUGACCCCGUGCGGGGCGUCCUGCCGCGUUGAUCACGUUUGUGCCAUCAGGGAGGUGGAUUUUGCAAAAUACGAUGAGUGUGUUAAAAGCAGCAGCUCUGCCACUGCUGUCGCUGGUGUUUGGACUUCAUUAUUCUUUAUUAUUCUGCAGCAAGUGUUGUAACGACAGAGCAAGAAAAAACAAAGAGAGCGCAGGUUCACAAUACACAUGAAUCAGCAGCUGUGAAUGCGCUUGGCUCUGAGAACUUACUUGGAAAGCAAGACAAAAUCAGUGGCUUUUACUAAAAGUUCUAGGAUGUUGAUUGGAAAUCUUACAGAAAAGCUGUACCAGGAAAGAGCAGUGAUUGUUACCAAG